CAUAAGUGUAUCGCAGUAGUGAGUUUGAAAGUUUCAUUCCUUGAACUUAUGGUUAGUUAGUCGAUUAUUUCUCUCUCAGUCAAGAAACAUGUCUCUUCGCGAGUGGUACACGAAUCGUGAAAUUCUCCUAACCGGAGUGACCAGUGAAUUAGGUCAAAAUCUUCUCGAGAAAUUACUACGUACCUUUCCAAACGUUAAUGUUCACGUUAUUGUUAGAACCCGAUAUAAUUCGACGAAUGAGGAACGAAUUAAAAAAAUCUUCGCAUCACCUGGAUACGCUAGACUACGACUAGAGAUACCAGAUGCCAUUAAAAGGGUUACAGUUUAUGAAGGAAAUUUGAUUUACGAUAGUCUUGGAUUGAAUGACAAAGAUCGAGAUAACAUGAAGAAAAAAAUAAACGUUGUUUUACACGCUGCUGGACCACACGAUGCGGUAUUUCAAUUUGCCGAAGAAUUGCCAAAAUUGGAAACAUUGGCAGCCAUAACAACGAUUUUCAAACACAGAGGACACAUAAACGAAUAUCUUCAAAAUGAAAAUACAUCAAACGUACCAUUGACAUUGAUACGAGUACCACUUCUUGCACCACCCAUUCAUGAACCAAUACCAGGAUACGUGGAAAUAUUUAAAGGAAUAACCGCACUUAUGGUUGGUGCUGGAUACGUUAAGGGUAACCCUGAAAAUUCAGCUGAAAUGAUUCCCAUUGAUAUUGUUACCAACACGUUGAUUACAGCUGCUUGGGAAAGGACUCAACGUUCAAAAGAUGUCGGUGCAAUUGUGUACAAUACCGCAACGAUUGGUUGUACAUGGGGUGACCUAAUUACGAAAGGUCAACAGGCUGCUAAAAAGUUUCCCUACCCGACAUUUGGAAUUCGUGGAAUAACAGGUAUCGGUUGGUUACAUUGGAUAAUGGUACUUUUUCUUGAAUGGUUACCAUCGGUACUGUGCGACACUAUUGUUGGACUGUUUGGUGGAAAACAAAGAAUGGUAAAAGAACACGAGAAAGUACGGAAAGCGUUGAAAUCGGUGGAAUCGAUUGCAUGGAGGUCGUGGAAUGUUGAGAGAAAUCGUAUCCAUACGUUACAACAACAUCUCAAACCGGAAGAUCAAUUGACGUUUCCACUUGUCGCUGAUGACGAUAUCGAAAAUUAUAUUUUAUGCGUGGCAGCUUCCGUUAAAAAAAAUUGCGUUGAGAAAAAUAUCUUAUCAACCUUUAAAAAUAUUCGAAUAUUGUUUAUGAUUUUUUUUGGUCUACUUACUAUUUAUGCAAGUUUUUAUAUAAAAUGUGUACUUUUCAAUUAAAUAUCCCAUUUCUCUUAUUUUCUUUAUUGUUUUUAUAUUUUGUAAUAUUUAAUGAUUAUUUUCCUUAUAUGAUUUAAUGCAAUUUGUUU